AUGUCCGGCAUUACCAAGCACAAUGAAGCGUGCUGCAAAAUUCCUCCUAUCGUCGACGAGGGGUACAGUCCAAAGGGCAAAUACAUUGAGCUCAAUGGCACAAAGACCUAUGUGACCGGCCCAGACACUGCCACUUCUGCCAUCCUCUCCAUUUACGACAUCUUCGGCUUCUUUCCUCAGACUAUUCAAGGCGCUGAUAUCCUCGCCUACAGCGACAGCGAGCACCCCUACCAAGUCUUCAUGCCAGAUUUCUUCGAAGGCAAUCCGGCCGACAUGGCAUGGUACCCACCCAACAACGAAGACAAGAAACAGAAGUUCAACGACUGGUUUAAGAGUGCCGCUCCUCCGAAACAUCUACCUAAGGUGCCCCAACUUAUCAAGGCAGCAGAGGAACAGAACAAGAGCAUUAAGAGCUGGGGUGUCAUCGGAUACUGCUGGGGCGGGAAGAUGACCAGCAUCAUCGCAAGCAAGAACAAUUUCAAGGCGGCGGUGCAGACAAGUCCCGCGAUGGUGGAUAGCAGUGAUGCGGAGAAGGUUGUAAUUCCGAUGAUGGUACUGGCUAGUAAGGAUGAGCCGGUGGAAGAGGUGAAGAAGUACGGUGAGAAACUGACUGUAAAGAACCAUAUUGAGACUUUUGAUGACCAGUUGCACGGGUUCAUGAGUGCGAGAGCGGAUCUAAAGGAUGAGAAAGUCAAGAAGGAGUAUGAAAGGGGGUACAGGCUCGCGUUGCAGUUCUUUCACGAGCACUUGUGA